CCUAUAGGUACAAUCAUGAUAAAAAAAAUAUUAAAAGGCAUAAGUUUCACUGUCUUAUUAAACAACACAUCGAACCUUAAGACAUCAGAAUGUGUUUCUCUCCAAUAUUUAUCAUAAUUUUGGGAUCGUUUUACUUUAAAACUUGUAAUCCGGCAUUGCUAAAACCUUUUCAGUUUCAAUGUUAUACCAAAGGAAUUUGUACAUGGCCACUAGAAUACUGUUCUUCAGAGGAAUACGAACAACGAUGUAUACCUUGCUAUCCUAGUGUUUGUAGACAGGAUCAGCCACCUCUUCAGUGUCAGUAUAAUUGUUCUUUAAUAGAACAAAAUGAAAGUGAAAGUACAACUGAGAAUACAGUGGUUGCGCUAAUUGUUGUGGCUUCACUUUUGGGGGUUAUUGUCUUAUCUGUCGGUUUUCUUAUAAUAAAAAACUUCAAACUGAAACAAAAACUGCGAAAUAAUACAAUGAAAUAUGAAGAUGUGAAGAAUUUAUUAAAGUCAGCUGAACAAGAGAGAAAAAAGGAAAAUUCUUCACAAGAAAAAGAUUGUUAUGGUAAAAGAAAACUGACAACCGUUAACCCAACAGACACUGAUAGAGCUGGGUGUUAUAAACCAACAACUUACAAAGACACGGUAUCUUAAUAUUGAUAACAAAAUAAGACAGUUUAAAGUGUCAUCAUUCAAUAACGCUCUCGCGAACUAGAGGCGAGUUAGCAGCAUUGUUAAGAAAAUAUACAACGUGGCUUAUUCGCGGCUGACCAUCAAAUAUAUAUUGCUUUAGCUUAUAGUUUUCAUGCAGCUGUUUGUGUUUUGUUAUCAAACAUUAUAUAAGGUGAAAACAAGCAAUUCGGAGCAAACAAUUUAUUUCAAACUGUCCAGUUGUUGAGCGAUUUAUUCUUACACAUGAUGAGACAGAGUUAUACAGUGAUAACAUAUAACUAUGCAUACCUUUCCUAGUUAAUUUGUUCCAUGAGAUUGCUCAAUCAAUGAAUUCAUAUGCCCUAAGAAAAUAAAAAACACGCACAAACUUGAAAGCAUUUGUUUCUUUUUACUUUCUACAAUAUAAUUUGAUGGUGACACAUGAAUACUGGAACUGCGUCCUUUCCUAAAACGUACGUAUGAGGGUCCAUCCGCCCGGUAAGACACAAAAAGCAGCUUUCGCUGUCGAGUACGGACGCCGGACAUGUCACAAUUCACGAUCUUAAAAAGUUAAUUUUGAAGCACAAAUUGGUGAAAAUUUACCUCCAUGCAAUUUCCACGUAGUAUUAGGCAAAGAUAUGAAUUUUGAGCCAAAAGUAGGUCACUGCACGGCGGUCAAUGUGUAAUCUGAGACAAUAAUGAAUGAAGGUAGCCCUAAAAAGAGAUGUUGGUGCCAAGCAAAUGCCUGCCUUACAAGCCGUCAAUCGUACUAGAGACUCACUCCCCUCGACUUAAGUCAGGACACCGGUAGUUAAUUUCAUGCAAGCUAAGUCGUACCGCUUUAAACGUUACCCCGAGCUGUGAAAAAGAUGCGAAAUUGCCAGCUUACAUGUAGCAUUGGUUCUUCAAUCAUCUGUCGAUGACCUGUGUCUUCUUAACAACUAGCACGUACCUAGGGAAAGUCCUAAAACCAUUUUGGGCGUCACAGGCUGUAUCAUUAGAUUCCACCCAGAAUGAUAGACAACCAUUUAAAAAUUGUACAAUACAACGGGAAGCUCCUAUAUGAUAAUAGUGGAUUUCUAAUUUAAGAUGCCAUUGACUUAAGAAAAGUACUUAUUUCUUACUCAAUUCAGAAGGAAUAAUUCCGUUAGAUAAAGGUUAUACAAAAUGUGAAGAAAUGAUACGGAGCAAUCACUUUUCAAUAUAAACACAACCACAGGCUUUCCCAUUUUGAGUCUGUUUAACAGCAUUGUAUGUUUUUAAUGCGCUUCUAAAACAAAUAUAUUAUUGUCGUUUAAAACCUCAGUUUUACCGUUAUAAAAUAUUAUUAUUUUAGUGUUUCUGCAACUCGGUUUACUAGGCUAAAAUCUUUCUUCGAUUUUACUUUAACUUUCAGUUAUAGCUUCAAUAUAUAUUUAUACAUUGUCUGUGAAACCCCCUCCUUGCCAAUGGUUUUCAAGAGUUUUUUAUCUGGUUAAUUUGAUUAAUUUUCCAAUCUGUUGACAAAUCAUUUUGCCAAUUUACCCAGUAUUGGCGUGACUUUAGCCCAGACAUGAA